GGCUUCUCUCCAAGACAGCAGCCGCCAGCCAUCACUGCCGACAAACUCCUCCACAAUGGUCUCCAUUAUGACAGACCACACAUAUCAUAUGCUCUCGCGCCAUAUGGGCAACGGCAGCGAAGGGCCAGACUUCCCUCUCUACCCGCACCCAUCCGCCGCCAUGCUCCAACAACAGACCUCCCCGUUCCCCCAGGGCCAAAACUUCGACCUGGAUAACAACUCCUCAUACGCAUUCGCAAGGGCACAAACAUCGUAUCCCACUGGCUUUAAUUCCAAUGCCAUGUACCCGGAAGCGGCUUCUUCAUAUGCUCUCGAGUCACCAGAACUUCGGGCAGGAGCACCAUCGAAUUACUCCACUGCGUCUGGCCCGUCGGCAACAUCCUCAGCAAUGGGCUCUCCUCACUCGAUCCACGGUCACAUCGCUCCAGGACCGGAAUGGCCAGUACAUGGCCUCGGACUCAACCCCAGCAUCGUUGGCUUCGACGGCUCCAUCCACAAUGGCCACGAGUAUAAUUUCGCAUCUUCAGGUAUGGAAGAGUUUGCUUUAGAUUUCAAGCAGGCCAAACCACACGGUUUUGUUGACCCGUCGAUCCUGAAUGCGCAAUAUCCUGGCCUCCCAUCAGGAACGCCGUUGAAUGAUGCAUCCGUGUAUCAGCCGCCAACAUAUCCCACAUCGCCUUCUCUGUCGCAAUUGUCAAGGAGCCCAAGGCCCAUCAAGCAGGGUAGCCAAUCACCGUAUCCGAGCUCUCAAUAUGCGGGAUAUUCGUACCCACCACAACGGCGACAGUCUAUCCAGUCUUUUGAGAGCCAGGAAAACUUCAGCGGCGAAGAGUCCAGGGAGAAGGAUCGCUGCACAUAUCCCGAGUGUGGAAAGAUCUUUAAAGAUCUAAAGGCACACAUGCUUACGCACCAGAAUGAGCGCCCCGAGAAAUGCCCAAUCCAGACGUGUGAAUACCACGUCAAGGGCUUCGCAAGAAAGUACGAUAAGAACCGCCACACGUUGACCCAUUACAAAGGGACGAUGGUGUGUGGCUUCUGCCCGGGCUCCGGGUCCGCGGCAGAGAAAUCCUUCAACCGCGCGGACGUCUUCAAACGGCACUUGACCUCGGUGCACGCAGUCGAGCAAACACCACCAAACAGCCGAAAGAAGGCCUCGCCAAGUACCAACAGCGGCAAGAAACUCGCAGGCUAUCCGCCAGAUGCCACUGGCAAGUGCUCAACCUGCUCAGCAACCUUUGCCAACGCCCAAGACUUCUACGAGCAUCUUGACGAUUGCGUUCUCCGCAUAGUUCAGCAAGAAGAACCUUCAGAAGCCAUCAAUGCCGCUCGCCUCGCAGAGGUCGAACAGGACGAAGAUGUGCAAGAAACUCUUCGAAAUAAUUCUCUGCCGACUACUACUCAGAUCUACUCGGCAGAUGAUGUGAACGACGAGGAUGACAUAGAUGAAGAUGACGAUGAUGAUUUCCGUCUCCGUCUCAAAACAACUCGCAAAAAUCGAGGUAGCCGAAAUCCCAUAAAUGGGGUGCAAAAGUCCCGGGGGCUCACCCACUCGAGAGGUGGCGUGACCUUGAGAUUGAAGGGCCGCAAGAAGCGCAAGGAUUACCCCUUAUCUUGGGGAUGCUCCUCGUCCCAGAUGAAGAUGAAGAAGCGGAUCCUGUGCGUCUUUGACGGACCACGACGUCUCUGGAAAGAUGAUAUGAUGGUCGAUACGGACCACGAAGUCCGCUUGAAGCUCGGAGACGAGAAGGCCUAUGUCACAGACCUAGAUGUCCAGACGAUGCGCCGUGCUGAUGCUUUCCACAAUUCCACAGAAGAAGAAAAAGGACCCUGGAUCUCAGACGACCUAUCUCCUUUGGAUUUGGAGGAGCUGAUGGAGGUCAAGCACGAGACAUGAUGAAGCCACACCUCAGGUCUUAUGAG